GAAAAGUGGGCUGGAACUGGGGGGGGUGGGAGAGUUUGAGGGAAACUUGACUCCUCCCCCCCUGCCCACACUUUAAAUAGUCAAAGCCUUUACGGGACCUUUACAGAUCAAUAUUAGUAGACAGUUGAAAACCAAGGCAGAUUUUGGCAUCACAAUGAAAGGUGACGCGGAGAGAACGGACCCCUCCAACGGCCACGGCCGGCCCCUGGAGAUGGUCCCGCAGACGGAAGAGAAGAUGAAGGAGAGGGGCCAGUGGAGCAACAAGCUGGAGUUCGUGCUGUCGGUCGCCGGGGAGAUCAUCGGCCUCGGCAACGUGUGGCGGUUCCCUUACUUGUGCUACAAGAAUGGCGGAGGUGCGUUCUUCAUCCCCUACCUCAUCUUCCUCUUCACGUGCGGGAUCCCCGUGUUCUUUCUGGAGACGUCGCUGGGCCAGUUCACCAGCGAGGGAGGAAUCACCUGCUGGAGGAAGAUCAGCCCGCUGUUCGAAGGCAUUGGUUACGCCACGCAGGUCAUUGUGGCUUUGCUCAACUUCUAUUACAUCAUCGUCCUGGCCUGGGGGAUCUUCUACCUGAGCUUCUCCUUCUCGUGGGAUCUCCCGUGGUCCUCCUGCAACAACACCUGGAACACGGAAUCUUGCGUGGAGUUUCAGAGGAGGAGUGAUUCCCCCAACUUAACCAUGGCCGUGAAUGCUACUUCCCCUGUCAUUGAAUUCUGGGAACGGAGGGCCUUGAGGAUCUCCCCUGGGAUCGACCAGAUCGGCCACCUGCACUGGGACCUGGCCGUCUGCCUCCUGGUCGCCUGGAUCAUGUGCUACUUCUGCAUCUGGAAGGGCGUAAAGUCCACAGGAAAGGUGGUAUACUUCACCGCCACCUUCCCCUACGUCAUGCUGGUCAUCCUCCUGAUCCGCGGGGUCACCCUGCCUGGUGCCUCCAGGGGAAUCCAGUUCUACCUGUAUCCUGACCUGGGCCGACUGGCCGACCCUCAGGUGUGGAUGGACGCUGGAACCCAGAUCUUCUUCUCCUACGCCAUCUGCCUGGGCUGCCUCACGGCACUGGGGAGCUACAACAAGUACAACAACAACUGCUACAAAGACUGCCUGGCCCUGUGCUUCCUGAACAGCGGCACGAGCUUCGUCGCCGGCUUCGCCAUCUUCUCCAUCCUGGGCUUCAUGUCCUACGAGCAGAACGUUCCCAUUUCCGAGGUGGCGGAGUCCGGUCCUGGCCUGGCCUUCAUCGCCUACCCGCGCGCGGUGUCCAUGAUGCCUUUCUCCCCGCUGUGGGCCUGCUUCUUCUUCAUCAUGAUUGUCCUGCUUGGGCUCGACAGCCAGUUUGUGUGCGUGGAGAGCCUGGUGACGGCCGUGGUGGACAUGUACCCCUCCGUCUUCCGGAGGAAGAACCGCAGGGAGCUCUUCAUCCUGGCCGUGGCCGUCGUCUCCUACCUCAUCGGGCUGAUCAUGCUGACGGAGGGGGGCAUGUACAUCUUCCAGCUCUUCGACUACUACGCCGCCAGCGGGAUGUGCCUCCUGUUCGUGGCUGUUUUCGAAACGGUUUGCAUCGCCUGGAUUUACGGCGCUGAUCGUUUCUAUGACAACAUUGAAGACAUGAUCGGCUAUCGCCCGGGACCUGUGAUCAAAUACUGCUGGCUGUUCUUCACCCCUGCCACGUGCUUCGGUACCUUCGCCUUCUCUCUGAUCAAAUACACGCCUCUGAAGUACAACAACGAGUACGUGUACCCCUGGUGGGGUUACGCCCUGGGCUGGCUCCUGGCCCUCUCCUCCAUGGUCUGCAUCCCCCUCUGGGCCAUCUACAAAAUCUGCACGACCAAGGGAACCAUGAGAGAGCGCAUUCACAUUCUCAUUCAGCCCUCUGGCGACCUGCCCAAGACUAAGAGGGAGCAGGAGAAGAUGCUGGCCAUCUUCACCCUCGACGGUGACAACCUGCCCCCGCGGGCGGAGGCCUCCAAAGAUGGCUACCUCCCCGUGCUCCAGAAAGACACAAACUGCUAGGGUGCCCCGCGUCCCCCCGCCAACCCGUCAGCCCGACACGCGUCCGCAGACAACCUCCACCCCGGCCCUCAAUACCACAGAUACCACAUCCAAAUAGAGAGAGAGAGUCCUGUUUCGCUCCUGGGAAGGGGAAGUAUUGGGGAGUUGGAGCAGAUGGACAUUUUGAGUGCACCGGGUUUCUUAAAUAUUUGUCGGGUCCACAAAGGAUCAGCCAGGAUGCUGCUGGUGGGCCGUCAUCAUCCAAGAAUCCCUCCCUGCACGCACACACACACACACACACACACACACACACAUAAAUAAUCAACACACACAUACACACACACACACACCAUGCACGUACUCUCACACACAGCCUCUGAGCUAAUUGUCUGUGGUGCUGUUGGACUGAACCUGGUUUUGUGUUGGACAGCAGUGUUGUGCUCUUUGUCCCAGAGAGAGAGCACACUGUGGCAUAAGAUGCUGAGGCAUCCGUGUGGUUUUCAGAUAUCUGAGUUCAACCUGGAGUGGCAUCUGCUUUCUAAGGAAGCUUGUUUCUUCUACAGGAACAUAAAAAUGUUCCACUCACAGCAUACGUUCAUUAGUACAAAUGGAUAAUUGUGGGUAGCGCUAGAAUUAGCUGCAGCUAUGGGCAUGGGGGGUGGGUCAUGGUACGGAAAUAACACCACCACCCCCCCCACACACAUUUCAACUCACCUCAACCCAAAAGCAUCAUGGGAACCAGCAGAUGAAGUGUCAACGACUCAAAGAAAAAGUGCUCUUUGGUACUAUAAUAUGAGAUUAUUCUUAAUCACUAGGUAAGCUAUUCCUGUGGUUGCUAUAUUAUAUUACAUUACAUUACAGGCUUUUAGCAGACACACACAUCCAGAGAGACUUACACAACAUUAUACAUGGUAUUUACAUUGGUCCAUUUAUACAGCUGGAUAUAUACUGAAGCAAUGCUGGUUAAGUAUCUUGCUCAAGGUUACAACGGCAGUGUCCUACCUGGGAAUCGAACCUGUGACCUUCAGGUUGCAAGACCAGUUCCUUACCCAUUAUACUACCCUGCCGCCCCAUUGUCAAUGUACCACCUGACAUUGCUGUGUUUACUGUUUGACAGUAUUCACUAGGUCUGCUUUCACCCCAGGUGUGAAGGGAGUCUGCAGUGUUAAAGGCAGAAUAAGGAAAUCCGAGGACAUACUGGAAAAUUUCUGUCAUGCUGUUUCUGAACAGAAAGUCUGUAAAGCCUAGAUAUGAAGCCAACAUUCACAGAAGUAGUAGCCUCCAUGGGUAGGGAGUAGGGACACAUGCUAUAGCUUCUCCCUCAUAAUAGAAUAAGCGAGUCAUGAAUGACGUUAUAACAAUUAGCUGGUUGCCUCUGAUGAAUUCCUUUCCAGAUGUACACGUUUUGUAUGAUAUUUGUACAGUGUUUUCAUGACCUCCAACCCCAUGGGGUAAAACAUAGGACCAAAACUCUGCUGUGGAUUGGUCAGCUAUGCCCAACGGGCUCUACAGCCCUGGCGAUUCCUCUUGUGAACAUAACUGGAAAAAGAAAACCCCACUCUCAUCGAUUAAAUCAAACAUUUUCAUUUCCAUUCAACAUUCAUGAUCAAUAAUGGUGGUAAUUCUUCUAAAGGUGAAUGCUGAAAGCUGUGGGUACUUUAAUUACCUCAAACAAGUGGACCAAUGUGUACAUACAGCUGUGACGUAUUGCCUUAUUAGUCAUGGCCAUUUUAUUCUUCAAAUGAUAUUCUGGACAGCAUAUCCUUACAUAUACAGUGUUUAUUCGUUCCUGUAUUUGCCAGCUGUUUAAAGUGGAAGUCCAAAAUGUGGUAAAGAACACGGUAACAAUGGCUAUAAAGAAAUAAAGAUACAAAUGUCUGUAUAUUUUUAAAUUUGGUUAUAUCCUGUGCAUAUUUAAUGGAAUAACAUUGGUUUGCAUUUGGGAAUGUAAAACAUUGUAUAUUGAAUCAGAAAAGGUGACACAUGGUCAUUAUUUUUGACAUUUGACUUAAGAUCAGAUGAAGCAUUCAUGUAAUAAAUAAUGACAAAAAAGAAAGACAAUAACUAACAUCACGAAACAUAAUUUCCUCACUGUUUUUGAUAUUCAUAUUCAAAAGUGUAGUCAUUCAGUUAUAUAAAAAUAUGUUAUCUUUCUUUAGAGUUUUUAUUGUAUUCACUGUUGUAGUUCAAACUGUAUUUUCCUUCAGUGAAACACUCCUUGUGUGUACAUAUUUGUUGUGCAAUACAGAAAAUAUUAUUUUAAAUGUUAUCACUUGGAUUAAAAAUGGCACUAUUAUAUAAAACAUUUAUAUUAAAAAGGAGAAAAGCCGAGAUGAAA